AUGUCUACCCCAACCAGUCCCGUGGACAAGCUCCCUCAUCGGUCGUCGACCCUCACGAGUUCCAUUGCUCCGGACCGCCGAGCCUCUAUGAGUGAUGAUGAGGCCAUUCCGGACUCUGAUAGCAGCGAGACUACGAACCUGCUGAACGAGCGUUUGCGCGCUUUGAAGCACAUGUGUGGUUACCUGGAGGACUAUGUUACCGUGACUUCGAAGGUACAGAGGUCGCAUUCGAAGGACUAUGAGAAAGUCCUCAAAGUGAGUGGGCUCCCUUCCGAUUAUUCCUCGAUCUACCUAUACAUCCAGAUUUAG